GCCCGGACAUAACGGUCCGCGCGCGGCGCUCCGGGCCGGAAGUGGAGGGGAACCGUCGCCGGGCGCGCCCGGCCUCGCCCCACGCCCGGCCGUGCCCGCCGCCGCCGCCCUCGGUUGCCGCCGAGGCCUCCCGCAGCCGCCAUGUCCGCCAGCGCUGUGUACGUGCUGGACCUGAAGGGCAAGGUGCUCAUCUGUCGCAACUACCGCGGCGACGUGGACAUGUCCGAAGUGGAGCACUUCAUGCCCAUCUUGAUGGAGAAAGAGGAGGAGGGGAUGCUGUCGCCCAUCCUGGCCCACGGUGGCGUCCGCUUCAUGUGGAUCAAGCACAACAACCUCUACUUGGUCGCCACCUCCAAGAAGAACGCAUGCGUGUCUCUGGUCUUCUCCUUCCUCUACAAGGUGGUGCAGGUGUUCUCCGAGUACUUCAAGGAGCUGGAGGAGGAGAGCAUCCGGGACAACUUCGUCAUCAUCUACGAGCUGCUGGAUGAGCUCAUGGACUUCGGCUACCCCCAGACCACCGACAGCAAGAUCCUGCAGGAGUACAUCACGCAGAGCAAGUCGGUGGAGCUGGAGGACGUGAAGUUCCACCAGUGUGUGCGGCUCUCGCGCUUCGAGAAUGACCGCACCAUCUCCUUCAUCCCGCCCGAUGGCGAGUUCGAGCUCAUGUCCUACCGGCUCAACACGCACGUCAAGCCCUUGAUCUGGAUCGAGUCCGUGAUCGAGAAGCACUCCCACAGCCGCAUCGAGUACAUGAUCAAGGCCAAGAGCCAGUUCAAGCGGCGGUCCACAGCCAACAACGUGGAGAUCCACAUCCCUGUGCCCAACGACGCGGACUCGCCCAAGUUCAAGACGACCGUGGGGAGUGUCAAGUGGGUGCCCGAGAACAGCGAGAUCGUGUGGUCCAUCAAGUCCUUCCCCGGUGGCAAGGAGUACCUGAUGCGGGCCCACUUUGGGCUGCCCAGCGUGGAGGCCGAGGACAAGGAGGGCAAGCCCCCGAUCAGCGUCAAGUUCGAGAUCCCCUAUUUCACUACCUCAGGCAUCCAGGUGCGCUACCUGAAGAUCAUCGAGAAGAGCGGCUACCAGGCCCUGCCCUGGGUGCGGUACAUCACCCAGAACGGAG